AUGACCCCAAGAGACAUGAAAAGAGUGAUUGGCUAUCAUGCUGAUGAGCUGGCAACACCGGGAGGGUCUAGAAAGAUAGAGACCAGCGAGGCGAUCAAGAAAAUCAAAAAAUUUGGAAAAUUCAAUCAUACAAAAUGGAGUAGGGAUGAUUACGAGAUUUUCCCCGCCAAAUUUUCUAAUGCUUUCAGGCCGCGGGGUCGCCUUUCCACAUUACGAACUUGUCGCAAGUCUCAGGCUGCGGGGGGGCGCAUCUGGCAGCGUAGCGCUGGCCAGGCAGACUUGGGACAAAAGUCGCCUGACUCGCAUGCUGAGUUUGAGGCGUUUUGGUGGGAGCGUCAUAAGAUUUGGAAUCACGACGCUCCCUCAAAACUUUCUUGA